AUGGCCACUACUGGUGGUGAUAGCCCUUUGGGCUCAGACAAGGGGCAAAUUUACGGUGGUCUCACCAAGAUCAUCUUUACAGAUCACCCCAAGUAUGGUGCCGCAUAUUCAUCUAAUUCCAAAAAAUUUCACGACGCUGUUGGCAGUCACAUCACCACACAAGUCCUUUUUCUCAGGAAAAAAUACAAGAAGGUCAAAGCGUCAUUUGGCAGCACAGGCACUGGGGUGAUGCCAACUGAAGGGAGUCAGGCAAAGAACCUGUUGGAUGCAGCGCUUUUGGAGCUGCUGUGGUACAAGGAUCUUGAUACCAUCUGGCACUCCAAUCCUUCAAUGGCCAGGACCACACACUCGUUAAAACUGGGUGUUGAUCACGCCGGCGCCCUGUAUUCCCUUGUUCAGUCGAACAGCGGGGCCACCAUUGCAUCCCCCCAACAUUCAGCCAUCACAUCCCCCCAACAUUCAGCCAUCGUAUCCCCCCAACAUUCAGCCAUUGCAUCCCCCCAACAUUCAGCCAUCACAUCCCCCAAACUUAUCAUAUCCUGCACCCCUGCACCACACCCCCCCCCUGUACCUCCUAACAUGAAUAUACUUGCUGGCGGCCAGUAUCCACCAGUGGUGCUGCAACAACCCCCUCCUGCUCCAUCCUAUCCCCCUCCCGAAGUCCAUCUUCCCGGCCUCUCGUCAGAUGACGAUGAGGCCGAAAAUAAUUUUUCAUUUGAUAGGCGCCUGGGGGAUCCUGCUGAGGAUGACAACAUGAUGCUCGAGGACGACAAGAUGAUACUCGAUGAUGCUUCCCCCAUUGCGGGGAAGAAGUGUCAGCUCCCCUCAACAUCAUCUCCUCCUCCCAAUGUUCCAGAACUGUUCGAGGGCGCAGAAGCCCUCAAGCUGUGGGAGCUGAUGCAGACUGCCGUUGGAGAUGUCGUGCAGCGUGUCGACACCAUCAUUGAUGACGCGCAACUCGUCGUCAGACUUCCACAUGUCCCCGAUGUCCUCGUGUUGCGUGCAUCUUUCCUGCUAUCGGCCGACGGCCACGGCUCGUGCGCGUAUAUUGGACCAUAA